AUGUACCUCGCCAACCUAUCCACUAUGCGGUCAGUAUCCGUAUAUGCCAAUGCCAACGCCAAUGCCAAUGCCAACGCCGAUGCUCCCCCCCAAUUCUCUGCCCUGACAUGGAAGCAGGAGAUAUGGAAGAUCCCUCCUCCAAAGCUAACGUCAUCUUCGGUGCCCUUUGGUGUCAGUUUGGCGCACUGGUGA